AUGCUGCGGGAGCUGCGCCGCGGAGCUCUGCUCGCCUGCUUCUCCCUGGGGACGCUGCUGGCCCUCGCCGAUGCCAAAGGUACCUUCUACCCCCCCGCCGCCCCCCUGCCCUACGGCGGCAGGUACAACCUCUACACGACCGGCUCCAGCCCGCAGCUAGGCAAACCCGUGGGCAAGCACAAGAGCUAUUGUGCCUAUGUGGUGCAGCGCAAUGUCACCUGUGUGCUGCAGGAUGGCGCCGAGAGCUACGUCAAAGCUGAGUACCACAAGUGCAGCUGGGGCCCCAAGUGCCCGGGGAAAGUGCUGUACCGCACCUUCUUCAGACCCAGGUACAAGAUUGGCUACAAGACAGUGACUGAGCUGGCCUGGAGAUGCUGCCCAGGCUUCAUGGGAGAAGGCUGCCACGACAGCCCCACCGAUCAGCCUGUCCUGGUGCCCCAGCACCCUGGUCCCAAAAUGCCCCCUGGGCCGAAGAUGUUCCCACUCCCCAGAGUGCCUCCCCAUCCGAAAAGCCACCCUGACCUGUUUGCAGGACCAAAGAAGAAUCAAUAUGGCAGGAAGCUGCCUGGUCUGGUUGGGGACCGCCUGGAGCGGCUGGAAGAGGAGGUGCGGCGCCUGGCCCAGGCCUACGACAGCCUGCACGUGCUGGUGAGUGGGCUGGGGGACCGCCUGCGCCUGGCCAUCCAGGAGGACACCACCAAGAUGAUCGGCUCACUGAUGAACAGCCCCGGCACGCCUGACUCCUCCGUGGGCUUUGGCAUCAUUCCUGAUGGCCUGGUGGAUGUGGCAGACAAGGCUGAUGUCGCUUCGUAUCCACCUGUUGGGGAGAUCCUGACCAAAGUGGCGGAGGUGAGCGAUGUGCUGAAAUCCAAGGCGGAUCUGCUCCAUGAGGUUCGUGGCAUGGUGCUGGAGCACGAUGGGCAGCUCAAGCACCUGCUGGAGGCGGCCCAGCCAUCACCCCUCACCUCCAUGGAGCUGCUGGAGGAGUACGUGGCUGCACGGCUGGGCAGCCUGCGUGGAGAGCUGCUCGACGGCUUUGAGAAGCAGCUGGGCAAGAUCCAGACCGCCUGUGACUUCCGCAUCCAGGAGGUGCAGCAGCAGUGCGAGCAGGAGAAAGCUGCCAACCUGCGGCUGCAGCAGACUCUGGAUGGAAAGGAGCUGGAGAUCAAGAAAGAGAUUUCCCAGCUGGAGACCCAGAUCCAAGGGCUAACAGUGGUGGAGAGCUGCUGCAGCAGCCUGGACUACCUCACUGACCGCAUGAACAUCCUGGAGAAGGGCCUGCACAGCAUCUCUGAGUCGCAGAAGAACUUGCACUCACGGAUGGAUGGAGAGAUCUCCACCAUCACCCUGGGGAACCUCUUUGAAGGGCGCUUUGAGGACCUAGAGGCCAGGCUGAACGCUACCGAGAGAGAAACGGGGAGCUGCUGCUCCAGCAUGGAGGAUAGCAUGAGAGGCACAGUGGUGGCGGAAGUGGAUGGCAUGAGAACGGCCUUCGAAGAUAAAAUGCAGACCCUGGAGGACAGGUUCGUGAGCAUCGUUGGGGAGCUGAACAAUGUCAGUGCUCCCAUGGGCAUGGAUGGGGUGGUGGUGCCCGUGCUGGAGGGGGAGCUCGCCAGCAUGAGGAAACGCACGGAUGAGAAGCUGGAGGUGCUGCAGAGCCGUCUGGUCACGCUGGAGAGCACCUGUUUGUCGGGCUGCAGCUCCGCCUCCAAAGACGUGGAGACCUUCCGGACGGAGAUCGAGGACUGCCAGAACAAGAACCAGGACCUGCUGCUCCGCAUGGACAGCACCUCGGAGCUGCUGCGCAAGCUGAACGCCACCAUCCUGGAGAUCCAGCGGCGCAUCGAGGAGGAGGCGGCGGGGGCUCUGCAGGGGGAGAUCACCUUGUUGAAGAUCAACCUGAACACCGUCAGCAAAUCCCUGACGGGGCUCAAGGACUCCGUCUCGCAGUAUUCGGACACCGUGACGCACGUCAACUCCUCGCUGGACGAGCACGAGCGGAAGAUCGAGGACGAGGUGCACUCUAUCCAGGAGAAAGUCAGCGACCACGGCUCCCAGCUCUUCUUCAGCAACCGCCGCGUGCUCAACCUGAAGGGCGACCUGGAGCGCCUGAAGGCGCGCAUUGCCGGUGAGCUCAGCUCCUGCCGCGGCGCUGCCCGCAGCCUGCAGCGCGACGUCGCGCACUUUGACGAGCGCGUGGCAAGGGUGGAGGGAGCCUGCGGCCGGCUGGGGGCUGUGCUGGGGAGCCUGGAUGGAGUGAGGGGAGAGCUGGAGAAACACGCGGGCGGCCUGUGGGACCGCAUGGACCGCCUCAAUGGGACGCUGGCUGCCCACUCUCAGGAAAUAACGGGGCUGAAGGACAACCUGCUCGACUGCCAAGCCAAGGUCUUGGAGCUGGCGGAGCAGCUCGGCCACCUGGAGGAGCGGGCGGGAGGGAAGCAUUAG